GAAGGUAGCUACAGCUACAGGAUGCGAAGACAUCUGGCGGAAAAUCGCAGUCGCCGCCACCCGCUUUGAGGAGCCGCCGCCGAUUCAUUGCGACGAAGUAAUAAAGAAUAAAGAUGCAUCAAGCUGACAUCAACCGUGAAGAAGAUGACACUGAACAGCCAUUUCCACUUGCAACAACUGCGGGCGAGGGCUCAAUCCAUGUAAGAGGACAAGAAGGCCAGGGUGCAGUUACUAUAAAGAAGCAACUAGAUCCGAAGGUGGUCUCAUUGGUAAACAUUUCACGGGAUCUGCUAUUAGCUUACCAAAGUCUCGGAGUGGUAUACGGGGAUUUGAGCACAUCACCUCUUUAUGUCUAUCAAAAUAUAUUUGUGGACAAGUUGCAGAAGCAUCAGACUCCAGAUGCAAUAUUUGGUGCCUUUUCAUUGAUCUUUUGGACACUGACACUGAUGCCUUUGCUCAAGUAUGUAGUUGUGGUGCUGAGUGCAGAUGACAAUGGUGAAGGUGGAAGCUUUGCUCUUUAUUCUCUGCUAUGUAGACAUGCAAAGCUCAAUCUACUUCCCAAUCAACAAGCCGCUGAUGAGGAGCUAUCUGCUUACAAAUAUGGUUCCGCUAGGCUUCCUGCAUCAUGUUUACCAUUGAAGCGAUUUAUAGAGAGACACAAAAAGGCACGGACAGUCUUAUUCCUUGUUGUGUUGCUAGGGGCUAGUAUGGUUAUUGGUGAUGGUGUGCUCACUCCUCCUAUAUCAGUUUUGUCAUCGGUUUCGGGGAUUCAAAAUGCUGCAAAAAGUCUGCCUAAUGGUGCAGUCUUACUGAUUACUUGCAUUAUAUUGGUUGGUCUAUUUGCUCUUCAGCAUGUUGGGACCCACAGAGUAGCUUUCUUGUUUGCACCAAUAGUAGCAAUAUGGUUAAUAUCGAUCUUUUCCCUUGGGUUGUACAAUACCAUUGUCUGGAAUCCUAAAAUUGUAUCGGCUCUUUCUCCCCAUUAUAUCAUCAAGUUUUUUCGGGAUACUGGAAGAGAUGGAUGGAUUUCACUUGGAGGGGUGCUCCUCUCUGUAACAGGGACUGAAGCUAUGUUUGCAGAUCUCGGUCAUUUUAAUUCUCUCUCAAUGAGGCUUGCAUUUGUAUUUGGUGUGUAUCCUUGUUUAGUGGUACAAUACAUGGGCCAGGCUGCUUUUCUGUCCAAAAACAUUGCUUCAGUCUCAAAUAGUUUCUACGCCUCAGUCCCUGGUGCUGUACAUUGGCCUGUAUUUUCCAUUGCUACCCUUGCAGCUAUUGUGGCCAGUCAGUCAAUUAUCACUGCCACAUUCUCUAUCAUCAAGCAAUGCAAUGCCCUUGGAUGCUUCCCAAGGGUCAAGAUUGUCCACACAUCAAAGCACAUCUAUGGCCAGAUCUAUAUACCCGAAAUAAAUUGGAUACUGAUGAUUCUUACUCUGUCAGUGGCCAUUGGUUUCCAGGAUGUAACUUUAAUUGGAAAUGCAUAUGGACUUGCUUGCAUCACAGUAAUGUUCAUCACCACAUUUCUCAUGUCACUAAUCAUUGUCCUCGUCUGGGGAAGAAACCCAUUAGUCGCUGCGGCUUUCCUCAUCUUCUUUUGGUUCAUUGAACUCCUCUACCUUUCAGCGUCGGUCAUUAAGAUCCCUCGGGGUGGGUGGGUAUCCCUCGUCCUCUCCCUAGUGUUCCUGUUUGUCAUGUUCGUCUGGCACUACGGGACCCGCAAGAAGUACACCUACGAUCUCCACAACAAAGUCCCUCUGAAAUGGCUACUCGGACUGGGACCCACCCUCGGCAUCGUCCGUGUUCCGGGAAUCGGCCUCAUAUAUUCCGAACUAGCAACGGGAGUCCCCUCAAUAUUCUCCCACUUCGUGACGAACCUUCCUGCGUUCCACAGCGUACUGGUCUUUGUGUGCGUGAAGUACGUUCCCGUGCCUUACGUUUCCCCCGAGGAACGGUUCCUGAUCGGGCGGGUUUGCCCGAGACCCUACCGGAUGUACCGGUGCAUCAUCAGGUACGGGUACAAGGACACACAGAGUAACAAUGGAGAUUUUGAGGACCAGCUGAUACAGAGCAUAGCCGAGUUCAUACAGAUGGAAGCCACCGAACCUCAUCUUUCGAGCUCCGAGAGUUCUUCUUUUGACGGGAGAAUGGCUGUUAUAAGCAGCAUCAGCAGAACGAACGAGGCUGCGCCGCAGUCUGUGGGCCCCACUUUGAUGGUUGUACGGAACGACAGCGAUGACGACGAGAACGAGACUUAUCUGCAGAGCAGCAGUAAGUCUGCAACCCUUCAGAGUCUGAGGUCUGCCUACAACGAUGAGAACUUGCAAGUGAGGAAACGGCGUGUGAGGUUUAGAUUGGGGGAGGUGGCUGGCGGGGUGGAUGUGGGGGUUAGGGAGGAGCUGAUGGAGCUGAUUAAGGCAAAGGAAGCAGGGGUGGCCUACAUAUUGGGACACUCCUACGUGAAGGCGAGGAGGUCUUCGCCGUUUCUGAAGAAGUAUGUGAUUGAUAUCGCCUAUUCGUUUCUGAGGAAGAAUUGCCGGGGCCCGUCCGUGGCGCUCAACAUUCCUCACAUUAGCCUCAUUGAAGUUGGGAUGAUCUACUAUGUGUAAGUAAGCACUAAGCAGAUGAUGAUGAUGAGGAUGAAGAAGAAGAGGAGGAGGUUAAUAUUGCUUAUUACUACUACACAUUGAAAGCUUAUUAUUGUGUACUGUUUUGGCUUUGCAGCCAUGCAUUGGUUGUUUUGAUAAUCAGAUUUGUUGGGUGUUCUGCACCUUCUUUUGUGUAUAAACUUUAUACUACCUUAUAUAAAUAAUGCAAAUUUUGUUUU